CUCCCCACCUGCAAACACGGAAAUCAGAAGAAAACAGUGAAGGAACUACAACAUGUUCUUCAGCCAGAAUAACCUUUAACACAGCUGCUGGGAACCACCUUAGUAAGAAACAUGCCUAAGAAGAAAGACACAGGUAAAGGAGGAGCUCCCAUAGCUAGAAUCAGAGAGAACUCCAGACUUAUGCACACCCAUGAAUCCAUGGUAGAUUACAUAAAUGGACGUCAUUCUGCAGGCUCUAUCCUGGACUGCUUUACCUCUGGAUUAUUAGGUUUAGAUUUUUUAAGGACCAUUGACAGAGAACUGGAGCAAGACAUCGUGUAUUCUGACGAUGAUGACGACGACGACUAUGAUGAUGAUGAUGAUGAUCAAUUUUACGCACACAAUGCUGCUCACAAGCCUUUAGAACCACAUCCACGAAUAAAACAACUCACUGAAGAGGAGGCGGAUAGACAUGCAAAGGAACUGAUAGAAGAAGAGGAACGACGUAAGGAGAAAACUGAGAGGAACAAGCGUAAGAAAUUGCGUAAAAAAGAAAAGAAACGGUUAGAAAAAGAGAAUGCAGUAAAAGACAUUUUACCUGAGGACGAAAAAGGGAAGUCAGACUCCUCAGAAAAUCAGGAAGAAAAUCCUGUUAUUGAAAGUAAUGCUGAAGCAAAUGAUUCUCCUGAAUCUGGGCAAACACAAAAUGGAACUGAGGCGUCUGGAUGUGAUGAGAACAGCUCUAAUAAUAAAGAAGAAAAUCAUGCAGAGAUUAAUAAAACAGAAAAUGGGGAGCAAAAGGAUUUGGAUUUAAAUAGUUCAUAUCCUUCUACGACAAAAUUGGUGGCCGAGGAGACGUGUAACGAGAGACCUGCGAGAGAAAGAAAAAAGAAAAAAACUAAAUUACUGGAAGCGCCGCAGUCCAAGGAGGUAAUGCCACAAGUUGUGGAGAAAACUGAAGUUCCAAAGAAGGAAGAGAAACAUGAACCCAAUAAAGAGAAAAUCAUGGACCCCGAUGGAGAAGAGUUGGCCAAAAGAAGCAGAGAGCUCGCUGGUAUUGGAAAUCGUUUGGCUGCCUCCAGACAGUACGAGAUGGCCGUGAAAUGCUUUACCGACGCAAUUAAAUACAACCCCAAGGAAUUUAAGUUAUUUGGAAAUCGGUCCCUGUGUUUUGAAAGAAUGCAGCAGUAUGAAAACGCUCUCAGGGAUGCUGAUGUUGCACUCUCCAUAGAGAAAAACUGGAUAAAAGGUUUAUUUAGGAAAGGGAAAGCUCUCUGUGGGCUCAAGAGAUACUACGAGGCCUCGCUGAUCUACAAGGAAGUGUUGCAGCUGGAAAGUUCGAGUACUGAAGCCAUGCAAGAGCUGAAACGAGCGCAGACCUUGCACCUCAUGGAAAUGGGAUUCACCUGGGGGCAGAGCUCGGAGGCCUUGAAAACACACGCCACGUUAGAGCAAGCUGUCGAAGCUCUGUUUGGUGACGAGAGUAAUCUGGGUCCUGGAGAAGCCUGUGCCAGUUGGGAGAACGUAGACCAACCAGUGGUGCAGGAAGAAAACGAGGGCGAGUGGACUGUCCUACAAGCGAGUCGUCCCAGAAUGCAGCAGGUCAAAGAGUCCGAUGCUUUUGUCCAAAGCAGAUCGAAAUCACAGUCUCCGACGCCGCAGUCAAAGAAUUCUGUGAAACCGGACAUUUUGUCCGUUUGGGUUGGAUCCUUAGCUCCUGCUGUCACCUACUCGACACUCCACGAGCUCUUCAGCAGAGCCGGGACGGUCUACAGCAUCAAGAUGCUGCUGGAGCAGCAGUGUGCCUUCGUGAACUACACCCGAAGAGAGGACUGUGACCGAGCCAUCCAGUGCAUUAAUGGAAUGGUGGUAGAGGGCGCUCCUCUGUCUGUACGAUAUCCCAAUAGAUUCUACGCUGGACUUGGUUUGUCCAGAUCUGCUGCCUCUGACCUAUUUUCACGCCCCGGCCCGUACAAGAAGGAGUGCUUCUUCUGGAGGACCACGGGCUGCACGAGGCUGGACUGCACCUUCCGACAUGUUCCAGAGAACAAGAACAUUGACAAGGAGAAAUUCACCGGCAGACCGGGAAGUACUAACAUGUAGUAAAAUUAUGAAUGGAAAGCAUGCAUCGUCUCCUUUGACAUUUGACACGGUGGUGGUGCCAAAGUGGGCUGCUUUUAGUCGCCUCUGUUUCCUCUUGAUUUUGGUUCUUGUGAUGUUUUGGCUGCUAAAAAAAGACAAUUUGUGUUUGGAAUUCUGGCCCACCAUUGUUGUACAAAUAUAUAUAAAGGACGCAUCAAACUACAUUAUACUCCUGCUUUUUAGUAAUAAUUCAUGUGCAUUGUGCUUUGAGCAUUUCUUUGCUAAAGGAUUUUGUCAGAGAUUAUUUUUGAUUAUCUAAUCUGUUUGAAGAUUGUGUUUAAAAAAAAAACAGAUUUUUACUUUUGUUGCUUUUGCUUUGUUUUAAAGUUGAUUUAACAGAUUUGUCUGUUUUGCAUGUCACCACUGGGUGGCGCUGUUACCUUUUUAUCCCUCAACUUUGGGGCUGCAAACUAUUCUGCUUUCAUUUUAAAGGCUGUGAUCGAUGAGUACUUCUGCUAUCGGCACAUUGAAUGUGCCACGUUUUAUUUUGAAACUGUGCUCUGUGAUUCUUUAUCUGCGGCGUUGAGUUCAGUUGUUGUGUAUAUUAUGUUUGAAAUUUUGUAAUGUCAUGUCCGUUGGAGAAUAAUGUUUAAGUGAAGUGAUGUUUGCACACAAACUGUCACACAAAUAAGUGCCUUUUAGUAGCACUGUGGCUGCAGUUGAUCAUGGGUCAGCCUAGAGGGAAUAAAAGCCUCGACUUUAGGAGUGUUAACAUCUUGCCAUAUAAUAAUAUACACGGUAUGAAACCAAAGAUCCGACUCCCUACAAAGAAUAUAAAAGUCAGCUGCAUGAUAAGCUGCAUAAGGCUAAAGCUAAAGCAUGUCAUUUGGGAUAUCGCUAUGAGAAUCACCACUAAAACAUCUCCAGAUUAAUCCCUGCAGCAGCUGUGUAUCCUGUUUGCAGUGUCCUUGAGCGAGAAGCCCUCGUCUCAGGUCAGCCCGAGUUAAGAGUAAAGUGCCAGUUAAACGCCUGAAAAGUAACUAUUGUCCCUGAGAUUUUAUCUAAAGCAAGGUUUCUUCUAAGCCUUUAAAAUGCCUCCCUUCAAUCUCCAACAAAGCGUCUCUCCUCCUGUUAAUGUGGAGAGGAUUUAGAGAGGAGAUCCCUCUUCCUUAAAGCACAGCGGGUUUAGUUAUUUGACUCCAAGCAGUUCAAGGUCACUUGUCUGACCCCUGUUAUGUAAUGUUUGGGGUGUGAAUUACAAAAUGUUCCCAAAGAGCUGAAUAAUAACUAUUUAAAAAAAAAAAAAGAAAAAGGAUGUUGAAGCAGUGAUAAAAAGAAAAGGAAAGGCAUUAAGCUGUGAAAAGUGCUUAGUCUUGACCUUACAUGCAGAGCAGCUGUUCUCGUGGGCAUUAAUUGGCUGAUGGUGGCAUACCUCACAAAGCCCUUCUGAUCUGUGUGAGAUUUGAGAGCAUGAAAGGCCUGUAAUACUAAUAACAUGAACUCUGGUUGAACCCAUAGAAAGCACUGGGACAUUACCAACUUGCAAAAUGGGUCUAUAUUUAAUCUGAUUGGUGCUCCCCCCUCCCAACUAGAAACCUGUUCAAAUGCAGAUAAAGACCGAUAAGAGGUUAGCGUUCAUCAACAUCCCGAAACACUCCCGAGGCCUCGGACAAAGCCAAUCCCUCACUUAACCAGAGCAAACACCAGGAAGAUUAAGUGCAUCUUGUUAAAAGGCUGCAAGGUUUUUAGAGCUUUCAACAGUAUUCCCCCCCCAACAGUAACAGAAAUGAACCAGCAGACAUGACAUGUCGCUCUCCCACUCCUUUUGCUUUUUUGAUCUAUAGCUAUGCAGCAAAAUCCCCCUCUGGAGAAGUUUUCAGUCGGAGUAAUUGAGUGCAUUGCUUUUAGCGCAGGGAUACAUAAUCUAAUUUUUAUUCUAAUACUUUGGUUUCUCCCCGCUGGUAACUAAACUAUUGAUGUGACAUGAGGGAGUAGCUGACUCACGCUGUACAUCAACCGUCUGAUUUGUUCCUCAGGAAGCCAGAAUUAAUGCUCCUCUGCAGCUCUGCUCACCAAGCUUACCAAGCUCAAACUUGGUAACCUUUCUCAGCGGGGUUGCUGCUGUUUGCUUGUCCUCCUUCUUAAAGGAAUGACACUUCAAACGUAUCGGUGUGUGUAUUUUGGAGCAACAAAGUUGGCGUCCCUUUUUAUUUUGCUUUCUUUACAACUAAUUCUUGCAGAAGUAUUUUCUUUGCUGUUUAAAAUCCCUCCAAACUUAUUUAUUAAUUCAGCUUCUUGAGCAACAGUUUGGGUUUAUUUCACAAGAUACAUUUCUGCCUUUACUGUUUUGUCUGUGCUCUUGUCACAAUGUUUAAAUCUUAACCCUAGAGUUAUAGGGUUGUAACUUAAUGCUGUUGUUACUUGAUCCAAUGUAAAAACAAAAAGAUAAGCUUUGUUUUUGAGUGUUCAAAUCUUGAAAAAUGAUACUUAAGGUCGUUUUUAACUAUUAAGGAAUAUUUUCAGUUAUUGAGAAAAGACCUACUGAAGUUUUCGAAAGUGUUUGUAAAACCCUCUGUCAACACCAAACCUAUCUUUACAAUACUCUUUAUGAUUCACAAUGAAAAGACACAGUUACAAUUUCUUCAUCAGCAGAAUCCUGAUCCUCUAUAAUAAUACGUCUUGAAGAAUUGAGAUUUGCUUUGUUUCUUCUUGAAAUUCUGUCAUAAAUAUCUUAAAAAAUGCCCAGUAACUUAAAAA